AGACCAUCGCAUCCGCCUGCCAUGGAAGACCACAGAUUUUAUUUGAACAAGGGCCUUGCUUUGGCGGCAGCGGAGUGAUCUGGCGGCCGCUGGAUGAAGGGCACAGAGUGGCCGUCUACAUCUUGCAAUGAAACAAGGGUGGAAGUCUUCUUCCCGGCCUACCCGCGCAGUUUCACCAUCUGAGAUUUCAUGCCGUGCGUACCAUGGAGCCUGAUGAAAUCAGGGCAGCGUGGCAGCGCCUCCGCUCUUCCCGGCCGUCUCCAACCUCGGGAUUGCAAUCGACCCUCAACUUGGGUCAGCCAUGCCUCUCGCCGCGGAGGCUUCGAGAACCGGCGCAGGAGCCGUCCCCACGACUGGGCGGCCACGGAGGCGCUGCUUGGGCGCCUCGGGCGCAGCCGCAGCUGCCCUUCGGAAGGAACCUCGAUCUGGGGCCACCGCGAAUGGCGACUCAGAGCCCCUGCGACCCCAACGUCAUAUCAUACCCCGUGGCAGUUCGGACUAUUGCAACCAGAAGACCUGGUGAGCAUGAGUCCCGAUCUGGAGAAGAACCUCCAGAGGACGUUGGAAGUCGAAGAAUAGCAGCCCACACAGCCGAAAGUGGGUUGCUUCCCAGGAUCCAGGAGGGUUUGGCCGCUUUGAAAGAGAAUGAGAAAGCUAUGGAGGAGAAACUGGAGACCAUGUCCACAGAGUACGCUAAAUUGCUGGAAGCCUUGCGCCAGGCCAAUGAGAAAGAAAGGUUGUGGCAGGCCGAAAAGCACAGUUUGCAGAAUGAAUUAGAGGCAACUGCCAUGGAGGCGAAAGAGCAGCAAAAGAAAAGUGUUGCCACUCUUGAAUCAUUGCAGGAAAAGUUGCGCGUCAUCACGGUGAACAAUGAACAGUUGCAGCGGGAGCUACAACAGGCAGAGAAGGAGCAGCUGAAGAAGCAGUUGGAAGAUAGAGAACAAGAGGUGAACAACAAGGAAGCAGCUUCCCAGGCGGACCAUGACCUGCGCGAGAACAAGCUGAAGGAAUUGGCGCAGGAGGCAGAGGAGAAGGUGAAGUUGGCAUCAGCCUUGCAGGAAAAACUGCACGCGAUCACCAUGAACAAUGAGCAACGGCAGCAGGAGCUUCGACAGGCUGAAAGGAAAGAGCUCGAAAUGAAAAAGAGCGAGCAAGCUCUGCAGGCAGAGAAGGACCAGCUGAAGAAGCAGCUGGAAGAUAGCCAACAAGAGGCCAAGGACAGGGAAGCAGCUUCCCAGGCACAGCUUGACCUUUUGAAGACUGAGCUCAGGGAAGCGCAGCAGAAGGCAAAGUUAAGAGAUGCUGAAAAGGAGGCCACAGAUGAGGCUGCCUUUGCGAGAAGGGCCGCAGAGGAUGCGAAGAAGGCUCACGAAACCGAGGAGGCAGAGAAGAACGAGCUGAGGAAGCAGUUGGAAGACAAAGAACAAGAGGCCAAAGCCAAAGAAGCUGCGUCCCAGGCGCAAAUUGAGCUUCUGAAGACCGAGCUCAGGGAAGCACAGCAGAAGGCAGAGUCAAGAGCUGCUGGAAAAGAGGCCGCAGAUGAGGCCUAUGCAAGAAGGGCGGAACAGGAUGCGGAGCAGACUCAGGAAAGCCAGGAGGCGCAGCUUGAGCUUUUGAAGAAAGAUCUCAAGGAUGCGCAACACAAGGCAGAAGAAGCUAAGAAAGCACCAGAAAGCAAAGAGGUCCAGCCGAGCUUGCCAGCGGAAUCUGUUGGUGAGACAUCUGAGAUGGACACGCAGAAGUCAGAUGGCGAGAAGCGUUGGGAGAUCACCAUCUCCAAGACGACGGAGGACGAGAAGCUUGGCCUGGGUUCUUCUCCGGCGGAAGAUGGGAAGGCCAUGUUUGUGGAGAGCUUGGUGGAAGGUCUCCUCGAGGCGUGGAAUGCCAAGUGUUUGGCCACUGGUGAACUUGAUUGUGUGGUGAAGCCGGGCGAUCUGAUCAUAUCCUGCAACGGUGUGACCGGGUAUGAAGAGAUGAUCCAGGAGUUUCGCUCCAAGAAGACGCUGCAACUGAGCCUUCUUCGAGAGGCCGGCACCAAACAGAAGAAGAGGUGGCUGGAGAAAGUGCAGCGCAACGGCCAGAGCUUGGAAAAUGCACCGGAGCACCUGCGCAGCGACCGAGAGGUGGCCAGCGCCGAGAAGCAGCAGUGGCUGACGAAAGUGAAGCGAGACGGCUUCUUCUUGCAGAUUGCACCGGAGCAUUUGCAGAAGGACCAGGAGGUCGUCACGGCUGCGGUGCGGCAGAAUGGCAAGGCGCUGCAGUUCGCCUCCAAGGAGCUGAAGAGCAAUCAAGAUGUUGCCUCCCGGCUGCGAUAG